AGAAGGGGUCGACGCCAGCGUUGAUUGGGUGUAAAAAUAGAAUACAAGGGAAAAAGGCGACGAAGGAAUGUGCGAGUUUUGCAUAGAAAAAGAACAGUGAAUACCCUAACAAAAGAAAGACAUUUCCAUCUCCAUAGUAGAAGCUUGAGGAAGAUGCUAAGGGUAGCCGGGAGGAGGCUGUCAUCGCAAUGGAGGACAUCGCAAGCAACCUCCGUCUUUCCUCACCAAAACGUCCUUCCUCAUCCCUCUUUCCGAUCCAUCCUCUCUCCCUCUCGUUUCUCCUUCUCUCCUGAUCUAAUCAGAGGAUUUUCAUCUGAAGCCCUUGCACCAGGACAUGAUUUGGGUAUGAUCUCAGAUCUCCCAGCUACCGUAGCAGCAGUGAAGAACCCUACUUCGAAAAUUGUCUAUGAUGAGCACAACCAUGAGCGUUUUCCACCUGGUGACCCCAGCAAGCGUGCUUUUGCCUACUUUGUCUUGACAGGUGGGAGGUUUGUGUAUGCCUCCUUGAUUCGUCUUCUGGUUCUCAAGUUAGUUCUGAGCAUGUCCGCCAGUAAAGAUGUCCUUGCCCUUGCGUCUCUUGAGGUGGACCUCUCUAGCAUUGAACCUGGGACCACUGUUACAGUCAAAUGGCGUGGGAAGCCAGUUUUCAUUAGGCGACGAACUGAAGAGGAUAUUAAUCUGGCUAACAGCGUUGAUGUUGCAUCCCUUCGUGAUCCUCAGGAAGAUGCUACAAGGGUGAAGAAUCCAGAAUGGCUCGUGGUGAUUGGGGUCUGCACCCACUUGGGGUGCAUCCCAUUACCCAAUGCUGGUGAUUUUGGUGGUUGGUUUUGCCCAUGCCACGGUUCACACUAUGACAUCUCUGGAAGGAUCCGCAAGGGGCCAGCGCCUUUCAAUUUAGAGGUUCCCACUUACAGCUUUUUGGAAGAUAACAAGUUGCUCAUUGGGUGAGAAUCUCUGCGAGAAUUCUGUUCUGGGGCUUUUAGGUUUAUUUUGUGUUGUCAUAAUAGACAUUGUCCAUAUCCCCUACACCUGGGAAAUACAGACGACAGUUUUGGAAAUUUUUCUUCAUUCUUCUGUUUUGUUUUUCACUAAAUGCGCUUCCAAUUUGGACAAUGUAAUCUUCUACCAUUUCUUGACCGGGUUACUAUUAGGAAUAAUACACCUGGAUAUUUGUUGAGCAUUCUCAGAUUAAUUGUAUCGAGUUUAUUGUACCAAGAAUUAAAUGUUGCUGUCUUUAUUAGGUCCUUGAUAAAGAUUUCUGCACUUCAUGAUUA